AUGAAAAUGAAGGCCUACUUUUACGAAGAAAGCUCUCUAAAUCCACACAGUCCCAAUGACUCGGGUGAGUUGGCAACGUUAGACGAUUUAAGACGGAUUGGCGUCAACUACAGACACCAGGAUGAAGACUUGGUUGCAUUUGCAAACCAAAUUAUGGAAGAAUUCGCUUUCCGCGAACGGGACGAAGUUGUCAUCAGCCGGAAAACAUUUGGUGAUGCGUAUGACGCUAAAUUGGCUACUUUCUUCGAGGAACAUCUGCACGAAGACGACGAGAGUCGACUCAUCCUUGACGGGGAAGGUUUUUUUGACGUUCGAUCCGCAGACGACCGUUGGAUUCGUGUACUUGUCGAAAAAGGUGAUCUACUCGUUCUUCCAGCUGGUUUGUAUCACCGAUUUACAACAACAGAAAAACACUAUACCCAUGCAAUGCGCCUAUUCCUCGAAAAUCCCAAAUGGAUUGCCCUUCCUCGCACCGCUGAGGCUGAAAAGAGUGAAUGCCGUCAAGCAUACCUACGCAGCAUUCAACAGUAA